AUGAAUGAGAUCACUAACCAGGUGAACACAACGAAAGGGUGGUGGGAGAGAAAGGCUAGUGAGAUUGAUGCAGAUGAAUUAGCAAAGAAGAAAGCCAAACAAGUAGCAACAUGGGAUGAGAAGGAAUGGGUGGCUGAACCUGAGCAAGGGGUACUGAUAACAUUAGUGCCUCAAAUUGAUGGAAGUAAUUAUCUUAAGAAAAUUCGAUUCAGUGAGGAUAGCUUUAAUACCGUGGAAGCUCAGAAGUGGUGGAGUGAUAACUAUGACAAGUUAAUAGAGUUGUAUAGCAUUCGUUUGCCACCAUCUCCAUAUCAGUCUGAUGAGGAUGAGGAUGAUAUUAAUUCUAUCCAACUACAAAAGCAAAGCGCUACUACAAACUCAAAUGACCUAUCCAUUGCAAUAGAAGCAAACAACGACAAAACUAUUGCUGUAAUACAUAAUUCAACAACCUGUCUAAAAGGAGUCAAGGGUAAAUUGAUAAAAUGGGUAAUUGAAGAUGAACCAGGUGUUUAUGUGACUAUACGCUCAUUGUCAGAUGAUAUAAAAGAGAUAGUUCGUGUUGAACUUAGCCAAGAGAGGUUCGGCGAAUUAAAUGCAAGAGAAUGGUGGGAUGAGAAUAAAGCCAGGUUACUGGAGCAAUACUUGUAG